AUGGUGAGAAAGAAUAACUCAAGAUUAAUAACAGGAUUAGUUCUUAUUUUGAGCGUAAUCUUAACUUCAAAAGCAGACGAUCAUCUAAAAAGAAAUGAGACUGUGCAACUAACACUCACUCAAUAAUUCUUCGAUAACUUACAAGCGAACUUAACUCUUCCUAUCAUUAAUAACUUAGCUGGGCUUAAUUUAGGAAACAAAAGUUUAAGCUUAAAUAUUAUUGACUUGAUGACACUAGAUGCUAACAUUACAAAUAUCACAGUGAAUACUAGUUUAUUAAACCAAACUGAUAGAAUCAUUGAACUUCUCGAAGAUAAAUUGAGACUUAAUCUUGAAAAUUUUACCUUAAAAGUAGAUGUAGACUACGAAUACAUAUCAGAUCCUCCUUACAUUGUUGAUAUUGGGGACACAUCUAUUAGUCUAAGAAGUUUAUAAUUACUGCUCGAUGCAACAGAAAAAUACGAAGACUAUGACCUCUAAUUCGAUAUAACUUAAUUGAAAAUAGGAGCAGAAAAUUUUACUUUGCAAAUUGAUGGAGUAUCCGAUUUCUCAAUAGUUAUUAAUAACAUUUUAACUACAGUAAUAAAUCUUAUCUCAGCCAAGCUCCAAUAUCUAAUAGGAGGACAACUCUAAGAUAAGCUCGUACCAUUGUUAAACAAAUUGAUCGAUAGUAUCCCAACUGAAAUAGAUAUCUCUGGCACUAAUCUCCACAUUGAUUUAGCCUUUUCAGCUGAUCCUGUGUGCAAGAUUCAUGAUUAUUUGACUCUUCCAAUUAGUUUUAGUGUAUAGAGUGAUGACUAUCCAUAUUUGCAUCCUAACCUGUAAAGUGUUCCAGCAUACAAUAAAUCUUUGGGAGAUGAAUAGAUACAAGUCACAGUAACAGAGUAUCUCAUUGAUAAUAUUUUAUUCCUUGUUCAUAAAGAAGGCGUAGUUAACUUAAACGUGACUAAUGAAGCACUUACAGUCUAAUUGCUAUCUGUAGGUUUAGGAAAUAAAUUUGAAGGAUAUAAUUAAAGUUCUGGCUGUAGCUUGAUAAUAACAACUUUGGAUCCAUAUCCAACUGUAACUCUCAAUAAAACUCAAUCUGAAAUCAAAGCAAACUUAUCAGCAGAGAUCUAAUGCAAAAAGUAGCCAGAAGAUUUUGAGUAUCAUCAUUGUAUUAACUUAGCUGUGGAUUUUGACAUUCAAUACAAGUUGCAAGUCUUCUAGAAUAACAUGAGUGUGUAGCUGAUUCAAAAGAAUUUAGUAUUCAGCAUUUUAGGUGGAUACAACACAUCUAUAGGAGAAAUCAGUAAUUUCGAACUAUACAUUAUCUCUUCGUUCGUAGAGUCACUGCUAAAAUCUCUAAUCAAUACAUUUUUCAAGGAUGGAAUCAGUGUAAAUGAUGUUUUGAAGAUGCUAUUGAAAAGUGAAGUUUUGACUGUUUCCUAAUUUGAUAUACUGGAUCUCGAUGGAUUCACUGUAAUAAAAGUCACUCCUCAAUUCAAUAUAACAAAUGCAACCCUUGCUUACUAUGUUAAACAUUUGCUCUCUAAUAUUCUAGAUACAGAGGAUGGCAAAAACUAGGAUUAAAAACCUUUACAUAUUUCUAUUCCAUCAGAAGUAAAUGUCCAAGCCUAUACUCAUAUAUUUCAGCAAAUUAACACAAAUCCUGAAAGUAUCGAAGCAAUGAUCAUGGAAACUAAUGAAUAUUAAAAGUUCAUUAAACAACAAAUAUGA